CCGUUAACAGGAUCAGGUUUGAAAUGAUAGUUUUUAAACCUUGAUUUCAGUAAUUAUUAGGCUAAGAAUUUGAUUUUGUUGCUGACACGGUAUGAGUUAUAAGCCUCUUCCUUUGAAGGUUUAGUCCAAUAACUUCAUGUGCUAAAGACAAAGGUAUUGACUUGGAUAUUGACGGAAAUGAAGAGAAACCUAAAUGAAAAUUCAACCCGAAGUACAGCAGGCUGCUUGCCUGUACCUUUGUUCAAUCAGAAAAAGAGGACUAGACAGCCAUUAACUUCCAAUCCACUUAAAAAUGAUCCCGGUAUCAGUACUACUUCUGACAGUUAUGAUUUCCCUCCUCUACCAACAGAUUGGGCCUGGGAAGCAAUGAAUCCAGAGUUGCCUCCUUUAACGAAAACAAUCAACACAGGGCAAAUACCACAUUCAGUGUCUCAUCCCUUGAGAAGCCAAGAUUCUGUGUCUAAAUCUAUUGAACCAAACACUGAAAGGAGCAAGAGUGGUUGGAGCUACAGAGAUGGCAACAAAAAUACCAGCUUCAAAACUUGGGAUAGAAGUGAUUUUAGGCCUCAAUGCAAAAGAACCAACCUAGCGGCAAAUGAUGGAAUAAAUUUUUCUCCAGUGAGUUUGGGAGUGCAACAACAGAAACAGCUAAGAGUAUCUCAGCCUCCUAACUUACCUCACCAAGGAGAAUGUGAAGUACUCGGACAAGCACACUCUUCAAAAACACCUGGCUCCACAAUGAGAGGUCUAGGAAAAAACAGUACAGUACAGGCAUUUAAGCCCAGUAUCCAACAAAGUCAGUUCAAGAAAAAAACAUUAGGUGAUAUUCCAGAAGAAAACGCACUCAAGGAUGCCUCACUGUAUCAGUUAAAGCUUAAGGAAAAAGAUAAUUCUUUAAGAAUUGUAUCAGCAGUUAUUGAAAGCAUGAAGUACUGGCGUGAACAUGCCCCCAAAACUGUACUUCUUUUUGAAAUAUUGGGUGUUCUCGAUUCAGCUGUUACACCUGGACCAUAUUAUUCAAAGACUUUUCUUAUGAGAGAUGGGAAAAAUACUUUACCUUGUGUAUUUUAUGAAAUAGAUCGUGAACUUCCAAGACUGAUUAGAGGCCGAGUUCAUAGGUGUGUUGGAAACUAUGACCAGAAAAAUAAUAUUUUCAAAUGUGUUUCUGUCAGACCAGCAUCUGUUUCUGAACAAAAAACUUUUCAAGCAUUUGUCAAAAUUGUAGAUACUGAGAUGAGAUAUCAUACCAAUGUAAUGAAUGAAAUUUAAAUAGUGCAGUUUAAAUACUAUAACUUAAAGCACUUUUCUGUUAUUGUUUAAAUUAGCAUCUGCACAGUUUUAUAGCUAUUGCUUUUCUGUAUUUCAGUUGUUGAACUAAAAUAUUUAAAUGCUUUCAAAUGUGUAAAGAGUUUUAGAAAAAAUAAUGUUACUGUCUUUCAUGAAAAGAGCACAUUUGCUAAAAUUCAAUAACUAUUUCAGAUAAAAAUGUUCAGUAUAGUGGGAAUAGAUACUUGCUUAACAUGAGAUAAUAAUACAUUUGAAUUAGCCCCAAAUCCAACAUCAAACUUAAUGGGGAAAUAUAGAGACAUUCCCACUAAUGUCAGGAACAAGAUGACAAGGGUGCCCACUGUUAGUACUGUUACUAAGCACUGUACUGGAGCUGCUAGUUUAUGCAGUUUAUUUAAUGACUUCACUUAUUUAGUGAGCACAUACUCUGUGCCAAGCAGUGUUUCAAGUGCUGGAGACAAAGAGCAAAGUAACAAAAAUCUCUGAACUUAUGGAAUUUAUAAUCUGGGUCCCAGAGAAUGCUUUAGAUAAAAAAAAUUGAGAUGUAAGAAUUUUUGCUACUGGCAGAUGAUAUAAUUGUAUACAUGGAAAACCUAAGAAAAUCAACUGAGAAACUACUGCAAAAAGUGAGAUAAUUUAAUAAACUUAAUAUGCAUAAAUCAUUAGUUAGAUAGUUUUUAAGUGACCCAUAAACAUUAGAGUGUAAAAUGGAUAGAAAUACAAUUUAAAAUAGAAAAAAUUCCAAUACUAAUUAAGACUAAAUGAUAAAUAUGGAAAAUAUAUGAAUAAAACUUUAAAAUAUUAAUGAAGUACAGAAGAAAAAACUUGGAUAAAUGGAAAAAUAAUUUUCUUGGAUAGAAAUAAAAUAUGUUUUUCUCAAAUUAAUUUGUAGCAUGUA